CUGAACAGAACUAGGCUACACUUGGCCAGAGUAGUCGUGUGUGUGUGUUACAUGGUUGUGUGUUGGCUGACAAGGGUUUGAAUAACACAUCAGCUAGUAUUUGUUCCCUGUAACCUUACCUGUUACCCAGAAUGCACUAGCAAGUAUCUAAGGAAGUAUUUUCAGUCAACAAACAUGGCUGGUGCCUCAGAGAACAGGAACGUCCAUGGGUGAGUUAGCUCUGUGAUUCUGACAACCGGUUUGAUGAACAGCUGCUGUAUUUUCAUUCAGAGCCACUGCCAUGCCCCCAAGUUCUCCAGGAGACAUCCCAUGAUCCCAAAGCUUUAUGUGAUGCCAUGGAAACAGGACAUGAAGAACCAAAGACUGCUGAUGAAGAACGCUGGGCUAGUAGAAGUCCCCUGCGUGGACCAGGAGGAGAGUCUGUACUUGGAAGGCAGAGAGCGUCUGUGUCAUGGUCAGGACAGGAAGGAGCUGUCAAACACUUCCUCCUUCACCCCCGGCCAAUCAGGAGCCACAGCCCUGAAUGCGUCGCACCUCUCCAGGUACAACAGCUCUAAUGUGACCUCACGGAACCUGUUCCAGCAGCCCUGACAACCAGGAAACAGGAGUCUGCCCUGACAACCAGGAACCAGGAGUCUGCCCUGACAACCAGGAACCAGGAGUCAGCCUUGAGGAAGAGGCUGGUGUCUUCCAGAUGAAGACAAAACUUCUCCCAGUAAACUUUGAACACACUGUCAUAAACCCUGUCUAUUUGGUUUUCAUUACCCUUAUGAGUGACUUUCACACACAGACACACACGUUCGCACACACACACACGUGUUCAUUCAUGCUCACAUCGUCAUGGAUACUCAUACAGAGCGAGGGAAUUCUCUCUGCUCUGAUCUUCCCACAGAGGCAUGGCAAUGGUGACAUCUAGUGUGUAGGACAAACACGGUCUCAUGCAGUCCAGUUGAACUAAUAAAGUACACACA